GACGCCAGGCUUGGACCAAGAUGUGUGUCUCGAUAUUUAGGUCUCCAGGAAUCAAGUGGUAUCUGUGGAUCAAUAAGACAGAGAAACUCAAAAGAAGCUGUCGAGCUUAUCCUUAUUGAGCUUAAACCCAUCAGCCAAGUGGUGUGUGAAGUGUCCCUUUUGGAAGAAAUACAUGCACCCAUUUCUCAUCUCUAUAAAUACAACUACUUCAUUUGACCCUUCCAACUCCCAAGCUACUUCACUUCCAAAUUCUCCCCUUCACUCCCAGAACCAAUUCUAUUCAAAUCAUACAUUUCCUGACAUGGGUAUCCUUGGUUUUCCUUCUGUGGCUCAUAAUGCCAAGAAAAUCCUCAAACAUCAGUCUCUUCUUAGUAGAAAUCACUCAAAUCUUCCGAAAGGGCACGUUGCAGUGUACGUUGGAGAAUUCCAAAAGAAGCGGUUUGUGGUCCCAAUUUCAUAUAUUAAUCAUCCUUCUUUCCUAGCCUUGCUUAAUCGAUCUGAGGAAGAAUUUGGCUUCAAUCAUCCAAUGGGUGGUCUUACAAUUCCUUGCAAAGAAGAUGCCUUCAUUGAUCUCACUUCUCGGCUACACGACUCGUGAACAAAACCAAGAAUGAAACGAAGAAGUUCUCAACAAUUUUGAUAGGGCAUUCUUUUCUUAUUUAGUUCAUUUUCUUGGACAGCAGAAUCUUAAUAGAAACUGGCUCCUGCAUAGGUUUUUUUGUCUAUCUAGUUUUUCGGUUUUGUUUUUGAAAUGAUGUACGUAUUAUUAAUUGGUUUUUAUAUUUCUUAUAA